AUGACAUCUGAAGGGACAGAUAACGCUCAUUCUAGUAUCUAUGACUUCCAGAUACUAGACGCUGACCAUCAGCUUUAUGAUCUCUCGCAGCACAAGGGACAUCCACUGCUGAUCUACAAUGUGGCGAGUAGGUGUGGCUACACGAAGGGUGGCUACGAGACGGCCACGACGCUCUACAACAAGUACAAGGGCCAGGGCUUUACUGUUCUGGCGUUCCCGUGUAACCAAUUUGCCGGGCAGGAGCCGGGGACGGCGCUGGAGGUGAAGGAAUUUGCCUGCACGCAAUUUAAGGCGGACUUCCCCAUCAUGGCAAAGAUUGACGUGAAUGGCGACAAGGCACAUCCGCUGUAUAGCUAUUUGAAGCGCUGCCUUACUGGAUCAGCGGGUGUGCAAGCCAUCAAGUGGAACUUUACUUCGUUCCUUAUUGACAGGCAUGGUGUUCCCGUGGCGCGUUUUUCGCCUGGUGCAUCUGUGGAAGAGAUUGAGAUGCAACUACUUCCACUUUUUGAGGGCGAGGUUGUUUCCGGGUCCUCGUAG